ACCAGCGAGAAAGUCUGCCUGUUCCUCUUGAUGGUCUGGCGUCUGCCACACUCAAGAUGGCGAUGGAAAGCCGGGCGCGUUGUGUGACGUAAACGGUGGAAGGGUCGUCUUAGCAAGUCUUGCGCACGUGUGUGUUCGGUAGCGGUGGUGGGUAGCUGUGAUUCUUUGCGGAGGAGCUGCCGCCGCUGUUGAUCCCCACACAGAAUGGGCAAGAAGGGCAAGCAGGGCAAGAGCCGAAGGGACAAGUUCUAUCACUUGGCCAAGGAGACUGGAUUCCGUUCCCGCUCAUCCUUCAAGCUCAUCCAGCUGAACCGCAAAUUCCAGUUCCUCCCAAAAUCGCGGGCGCUGCUGGAUCUGUGUGCUGCUCCUGGGGGAUGGCUGCAGGUGGCAUCGAAGUUUAUGCCAGUGUCUAGUCUUAUUAUUGGUGUUGACUUGGUCCCUAUCAAGCCCAUUCCUAAUGUGGUAACACUGCAGGAAGACAUCACCACAGAGAAAUGUCGCCAGGUCCUGCGGAAGGAACUGAAGACAUGGAAGGUGGAUGUUGUGCUGAAUGAUGGGGCACCCAACGUGGGAGCCAGCUGGAUCCAUGAUGCCUUUUCACAAGCCAGCCUUACGCUGUCGGCGCUCAAGCUGGCCUGUGACUUCCUCUCCAAGGGUGGCUGGUUCAUCACCAAGGUUUUCCGCUCUCGGGACUACCAGCCCCUCCUGUGGAUCUUCCAGCAGCUCUUCCACAAGGUGCAAGCCACCAAGCCGCAGGCCUCGCGCAAUGAGUCAGCUGAGAUCUUUGUGGUCUGCCAGGGCUACUUGGCCCCAGAUAAAAUUGACAACAGAUUCUUUGACCCAAAGUUUGCCUUCAAGGAAGUGGAAGUGCAGGCCAAGUCUGUGAGUGAACUGGUGUCCCAGAAGAAGCCAAAGGCAGAAGGAUAUGAAGAUGGUGCCACGGUUCUUUAUAACCGCUACACACUGACAGACUUCUUGAGGGCCUCCAACCCUGUUGACUUUCUUGCCAAGGCUAAUGAGAUUGUCUUGGACAAUGAAGAGCUGGGACGCCACAGUGCUACUACUGAGGAGGUGCGCCAUUGCUGCCGGGACAUCCGCGUUCUGGGCCGUAAGGAGCUCCGGGCCCUGCUGAAUUGGAGAACAAAGCUGAGGCGUUUUGUGGCCAAGAAGCUGAAAGAUCAGGCCAAGGAAAUAGAUAUCAGCUUGAGCUCUGGUGAGGAAGGUGAAGGAGAGGAAGAAACGCAGCCCACACAGGCAGAUCCAGAGCCCCAGGAUGGAGAGGAACAAGAAGAAAAGCAGGAGGAGGAGGAGCUGGAGCUAAAACUUGCUGAGCUCAAAGCCCAAGAGAUGGCAGAGCUAAAGAAGAAGAAACGCAAAAUCCUGCGUGAACGGCGGCGGCAGCGAGAGCGUGUUGAGCUCAAGAUGGACCUUCCCGGCGUUUCUGUUGCUGAUGAUGGUGACACGGGAAUGUUCUCCCUCCGAGCCAUUGGCAAGAGUCAGCUCCUGCACGAGGUAGCCCAGGGAGACAUGGCAGCAGCAGACACCUUUGUGACAACAGCAGAAGAUGCAGACAAUGACGUUUCACUCUCCGAGGGAGAAGACUCCGGCGACGAUGCAUCAUUGGCCAGUGACUUGGAUGAGGAGGAGCUGGCAGAGGUUGAGAAGCGUUCAAGCCAGCUGAAACAGCCCUGUGCCACAGAGAGGGUUGUCUGUGAGGAGGAGGAGGAAGAGAACGAUGAUGCAGGGAAUCCCCUGUUGGUGCAGCUGGAGGACAAGGAGGAGCGUGAGAAGCGUCAAGCAAGUCUAUGGUUUGGCAAGGAGGCUUUUGCUGGGAUUGAUGACGAUGCUGAUGAGGCACUGGAGAUCGGGCAGGCGCAAAUCCUGUCCCAGGGCCAGGCGGAAGCUUCACCAGUCUCCAGAAAUGUGAAGAAGAAAAAACAGACUCGGCAGGAGGCUGUGCCUGGGUUGAACCUCAAAGAAGGCCUGGAGCCUGUGGGAACUGAAGCACCAACUGAGGGGAAAGGCUCUGACACGGAUGAGAGCGACAGCGAUAGCGAGGAAGAGAGGGAGCAGCCAGCCUCGCGUGCUGGAAAGAAGCGGCUCCGAGCAGAGCCCAGUGAUUUCGAGGUCGUCCCCAUUGAAGACCCAGUGAAGCGAGCUCGGAUUCUGGAUGCCGAGGGUUUGGCGCUAGGAGCGGUCAUCGCCACUGCCCGCAAGGCCAAGAGGGACUUGAUUGAUGGCUCAUUCAACAGAUACACAUUUAAUGAGGAAGAUGGGGAGCUUCCAGAGUGGUUUGUCCAGGAGGAGCAGCAGCACCGGCGUAAGCCACUGCCUGUGGACCGGCAGACCAUGGAGGAGUACCGCCAGCGCUGGCGGGAGAUCAACGCUCGACCCAUCAAGAAAGUGGCAGAGGCCAAGGCCCGCAAGAAGCGCCGGAUGUUGAAGAAAAUGGAGCAGUUGAAGAAGAAGGCAGAGUCCGUAGUGAAUACAGUGGACAUCUCAGAGCGUGAAAAGGCCGCCCAACUCCGCAGUAUCUACAAGAAGGCAGGCCUGGGUAAAGAGAAACGGCAGGUAACUUACGUUGUAGCUAAGAAGGGUGCAGGCCGGAAGGUUCGCCGCCCUGCGGGUGUCAAGGGCCAUUUCAAGGUGGUGGACAGCCGUCUCAAGAAGGACAUGAGAGCACAGAAACGCAAGGAACAGAAGCCAAAACACCGGCGGCAGAAAUGAACUGUUAUGAUGCAACACCAUUGUGAGUGGGCCUUCUCUACCACUCUUGAACACAUCAGGAUCUGCAAAGAAAAUUCUGUAACGUUCAGACUUGACGGGCUACUCCUUGUCUUAUAGACUGCUUUAGUGAUGUAAUCUUGAUCACACUAGAAUUUCUCUGAAAAUCCCAUGCUUGGUACCUGGACAGUGGCAGCAUGAGGCAUAUGGGCCUUGGACAGUUUGGUCAUGUUUGGGCCAUCUUGGCCCACUUUGUGGCUCACCAGAAGUAGCCUUGGAGAGCUGCUUUGUGGGUUUCUACUUUUUCAUGUUAUAUCAUUAAACGUAACCUUCUUUCA